AUGUAUUUCACGGAGAACUCAUCACUUCAUGAAAAUAAUAUGACGAAACAUUUCAUGGAUGACGAACUCAUUCCAGAGCCUUUGAAUAGUAAAUUUGAUGUGUCAAAUUCGGAAGUUGUUUUAAUUAUGUUGACAGUGAUAUAUGUAAUAAUUUUUGUAACUGGCGUUCUUGGAAAUGUGGUGACUUGCAUUGUCAUUGCAAGGAAUAAGGCCAUGCAUACUGCAGUAAAUUAUUACUUGUUCAGUCUGGCUGUGUCGGAUUUAUUGCUGUUAGUAUCGGCUCUCCCAGAUGAGGUCUACAUGUUGUGGUUUCGUGAAUAUCCAUUUGAUGAAACAAUUUGCAAAUUCCAUAAAUUUGCGGCUGAAAGCUUUACUAAUGCAACAGUACUAACAAUAACAGCUUUUACGAUAGAACGAUAUGUGGCAAUAUGUAAGCCUUUUCUAUCCCACACGAUGUCGAAAUUGUCUCGAGCAUAUAAGUUCAUAUUGGUUAUCUGGUUGAUAUCAAUAUGUUUGGCAGUGCCACAGACUCUGUUCACUCUUCAUCUUGAUGAGAAUUUUUUAAUCUGUGUACCAAAACAAGACUAUAAUCAUCUAUUUGUGGUGUCUACGAUUUUUUUGUUCGUGAUUCCAAUGUCAAUUAUCACGAUAUUGUACGUUCUUAUUGGCCUUCAAUUGAGAAAAUCUAAGAUUGUUCAACGUGGUGCUGUGAACGGAAGCAGUGUACGUUUGAAGAGAAAAAUUUUCAAGAAGGCCACAAAUCAGACUUUGGUGACGGUCAAAUGUGAAUCUCUUUAUAAUGAAGCUUUAUUACAAAACUCGAGUGAUGGCAGUAAAAAUAAUUUCAUUGAUCAUGAAUCAAUCAUCCCAGAAGAUGGACGAAUAAACUAUUCACAUCGUGGACCAGCACAUUUACAUGGAUCACGUCACGUCGUUAAUAUGUUGGUUGUGGUUGUGAUUGCGUUUUUCCUGUGCUGGUGUCCAUUUCAUGUUCAAAGAAUUGUAUUCACUUACAUUGAACAUGGUGCUAUUGAUCAAAAUUUGUCGUUCAGCAUCAAUACAAUAUCAGGCGUCUUGUUUUUUGUGUCAACGUGUAUCAAUCCUUUUCUCUACAAUAUUAUGAGUAACAAGUUUCGUGAAGCAUUCAAGGUUACCAUUGCGAGUUAUUUUUCUCGUUCAUCCGACAAUGAUUCAAUUAAAACGGGAAAGUUAUUUCGUACAAUAUCACAACGUUCUUAUUCAUGCUCGUUAAAUUCGACGUCUCUAAAUACGUGCUCAUCUGUAUGUUCUAUGCAACCUUUCAAUCAAAGCCAACAGCUACCAUUUCGAUAUUUUGAUUCUGCAAGGGCUAGGAAACGUCCCUUGGUGGUUUCGUUCAAACGAAUUCAUAAAAUGACGCCAACAAAUCCUGAUUCAUGUAACUCUGUCUCAAUAUGCGAUAUACAUAGAACUGAUAUACAAUUAAAGGAACACAAUGACAACAAUGUGAUGACAACGAGGAUAAAGUCAAAGUACGGCGCAAAUCCAUCAAGACUUACAAUGCACAGGCAAACCUGCAACAGUGAAGGUCAAACAACUUCAAACUUUCCUAGAACUUCUCGAUUUGAUUCGUUAUAUAGUGAGAAAGUGCUUGACCGUAAUAAUUCUGAUAAAGGUUGUAUCUUUCCUAAAGAAAAGUUUUAUGGUAAUGCCAAGCUUUUGUUAACCAUUAAUGAUGACAUUUUAAGAAAGACUGUUAUUGAUUGUGAAGAUUGCUUUGACCAUGACGGUAAUAUGAAGACGAAUAGACUUAAGAACCUGCUACCUACACAUCACCUCUUGAUGGAUAAGGUAGAGAACAACAAAAAUAAAUAUUUUCGAAAAAUUGAAAUAGAAAGACGAAAAAGAAAUGAGUCAAUUUCAUCGAUAGCAACCGACGAUAGCGAAAUGAUUGAUGAUUGCAUACAAAUUUGCAAAGCAAACGCAUUAAGAAAUAAUUUCUUAUCAAGACAAGAAGAAACUAGAAGUCGGUUAAAGCCAACAGCUUUUUUGAAAAGCACGGAACAAAAUGGAAAUGAAAUUUCGGAAAAUGAAACAGAUCUGAAAGCUUUUGGUAAAUUGAACAAAAGCUUAUCAACUCCAUCUAUUUAUCCAUAUGAAAGCUUUAAGGAGCAAGAAGACAAUUAUAAAGCUUUUAAAGAAAUUCAGAAAAGUGUGUCUAUGGUUAGAAUUAAGAAAAUUUAA